GAUCUGGGGUUUGACAAUGGUGAGGUUUCUGGCGAGCUCCUGCUGCGCCCUGGCUGCGUCGGUGCUGCUCCAUCUCCGUCUCGGAUCACGGUGAGGAAAAAAUGAGCGAAGAGACGGCGAAUUCUCACAACGAUAAUAGUUAUGCCCGUGUGCGAGCUGUGGUGAUGACCCGUGAUGAUUCUAGUGGUGGAUGGUUACCACUUGGAGGGGGUGGACUAAGCUGUGUCACCGUUUUCAAAGUCAUCCAACAGGAAGAAAAUGGCUGUGCUGAUUUUCUUGUACAUGGGGAGCGCCUCAGGGAUAAAACGGUGGUUUUGGAAUGUACGUUAAAGAAGGACCUUAUUUACAAUAAGGUUACACCAACUUUUCAUCACUGGAAGAUUGAUGACAAAAAAUUUGGCCUGACAUUUCAGAGUCCUGCUGAUGCAAGAGCGUUUGAUAGAGGUAUUCGUAGGGCUGUAGAAGAUAUCUCUCAAGGUUGUCUGACAUCACAUGAUGAAAUCGAAGUGCCUGCCGAUGGCUUUCCAGCAAUUCCAGAAAACACAUCUAGUUUGCUACUGAAAGAUCAUCUUUUCCAGCAUGAACCUAUAGUGAGCAAUGAUCCUUACAAAGGUUCGUGUAUAAGACCCUCAACCUUUGAAGAUUUGAACUCAAGAAUAUCCUACUUCCACAGCCAGCCAAACCAGGUACCCCUGAAGCCAAUCAGGAAUGUCAGUUUUCAGGAUGAAGAGGAAAUUGUUCGAAUAAACCCUCGUGAUAUUUUAAUACGCCGCUAUGCAGACUAUAGACACCCUGACAUGUGGAAAAAUGACUUGGAUAGGGAGGAUGUAGACUCCUCGCUGCAGUGCCCUAAAACAGACCAUAAAAAAUCAGACUAUUUGUACCCAUCUGGGGAUGGGACCAAGUUGAAUUCACACAAAGACUCCAAGAGUUCUGUGGUACUUAAAACUCAACCUUCUUCUUUCAAGUUAAAAAAAACAAAAAGGAGGAAAGAGGAUGGUGAGCGUUCCCGCUGCGUAUACUGCCAGGAAAGGUUUAAUCACGAAGAGAAUGGCCGGGGCAAAUGUCAGGAUGCUCCAGACCCUAUUAAGAGAUGCAUAUACCAAGUUAGUUGCAUGCUUUGUGCUGAGAGCAUGCUCUAUCACUGCAUGUCAGACUCUGAAGGGGAUUUCUCUGACCCUUGUUCAUGCGACACGAGCGACGACAAGUUCUGCUUACGAUGGCUCGCCCUGGUCGCUUUGUCAUUCAUUGCACCGUGUAUGUGCUGCUAUCUGCCCUUGAGAGCGUGCCACCACUGUGGCGAGGUCUGUGGAUGUUGCGGAGGAAAGCAUAAAGCUGCGGGAUGAACCAGUCUGAAGCCAAAUUGGGCUGAUCAGUCUUUAUUUUCAGGGUACGUCUAACUCAUGGAAGCGUGUGGCAAGCAGAAGGGAA